AUGCGCAGCUUUCCGACCGAGGUGAACUCGCAGCUCUUUGGCAAGGCAUUCCGCACCCGGUGUCUGGACCUUCUUCACGCAGUCGCCAGCGAUGCUGACCACAUCAUGUGUGUUGAGAAUCGUGGCCAGCUAGUCUUCCCGAUAGAGUUUUCGGACUUCCAUGACAAGAUUGAUCAUCGGGCUCGUCGGGAGAAGAUGGAUGUUGGAAUUGUGGAAAGAACCUUCGUCUUCCACAAGUACAAGACGGAGAAAAUCAAUCUUUGGAAGCUCGUGAGGGGGGAGAAGGGCCCCUACAGGAACCGCGCGUCGAUGUGUUCGGGCGGUCUCCGAUUUGGGCUGGGCCAUUUCAACGACAACCCUCUCCACCACAUCAUUGAGCCAGCAACGAUAGGAGCGGCCAUGGACGGCAGAGAAGCAGCGCAAGGCAAGCUUUGCAUUCAGCUGGCUCAAAGGCUUCGCCUUGAAGAGCUGUGCCAUCGGAACCAGGAUAGUAGCAGUGCAUCGUCCUAUGCUGAGGAGAACGCGGAGCACUUUGAGAAUCGAGGAGGCAUCCAACUGCGCUCUCGCGCCCCUUGGCACGAGGACUUUGGCAUCGGCACCCUGGCCCAUGAGAAGAACCGCUUGGGCAGCGUCGCAGACAGACUCAUCCACGUCUUCUGUGGCUCGACGUCCCCCUCUGAAAGCUGCGACGUUGGCGAGCUCGCAGCCUACAGCGAGCUGUCCCGUCAGUGUAGCUCGCUCCUCCAAGACAUCGAGGACUUCGAGGCUUCGACGAACCUGGCGCUUCAGGCAAGACGCCUGCGAGUGGAACAGUUUGAGUUGAGCCUCGUCAUCGCUUCCGUUUCCAUCGCCGCGGGCGGUCUAGUGCCAGGAGCUAUGGGCAUGAAUUUGCUCAGCGGCUAUGAAUCGGCAGAUGGCGCCUUCCGCUUCGCCAUCCUCGUGACACUGGCCGUGGUGCUGGUCCUCUUCUUUACCAUUCGGCUCCUGGCGGCCAAGCAGGGCUUCCUCGCCUAG